AUCUUACCGCCACUCUUUGCUCUUCCCUGCGUACUUAGUGGUUUUUUUUAAAAAAACUGGCAAGGGAAUUCUGGGAGUUGAAGUCUACAAAUCUUAAAAGUGACCCAGUUUGAAAAAGACUUCAUUGCAUUGACUUCUCACGCGCCGAGAAGCCGAGUUGCCAGAGUUCUAUCACGUGAUCCCGAUCAUUUUCAAGGAGAAGAGGAGCAUCCCACAAAUUUUUGAUGGCGGCGCAGUGUGUAACAAAGGUGGAGUUGACUGUUUCUUGUAACAAUCUCCUGGAUAGAGAUAUUAGCUCCAAGUCAGACCCACUUUGUGUGCUACUUCAAUACACAAGUGGACAGCAGUGGUACGAGGUUGAUCGCACAGAAAGAAUCAAAAACAGUUUGAACCCUAAAUUUUCCAAGAAAUUCCAGAUUGAUUACUAUUUUGAACUAGUUCAAAAACUCAAAUUUGGGGUUUUUGACAUUGAUAAUAUAACUGUUCAGCUGAACGAUGAUGACUUCUUAGGAGAAUUUGAAUGCACACUGGGUCAGAUUGUUUCUAGCAAGACGCUUACAAGACCUUUAUUGUUAAGAAAUGGCAGACCAGCAGGAAAAGGUGUAAUUACGAUUAGUGCAGAAGAAAUAAAAGACAACCGUGUAGUCCUACUUGAAGUUGAAGCAAGGAAAUUAGACAAUAAGGAUUUGUUUGGAAAAUCUGAUCCUUAUUUGGAAUUUCACAAGCAGACAUCUGAAGGAAAAUGGGUGAUGGUGCACAGGACCGAAGUUAUUAAAAAUAAUUUGAAUCCUGUCUGGAGGCCAUUCAAAAUCUCCCUCAACUCUUUGUGUUAUGGUGACAUGGACAAAGCAAUCAAGGUCGAGUGUUAUGACUACGACAAUGAUGGAUCGCAUGAUCUCAUAGGGACAUUUCAAGCUACAAUGUCUAAAUUGAAGGAAGCCUCUCGACAUUCACCAAUGGAAUUUGAAUGCAUCAAUGAAAAGAAGAGGCAGAAAAAGAAAAGCUACAAGAACUCAGGGAUUGUGAGCUUUAAACACUGUGAGGUCAUCACAGAAUGUACUUUCCUUGACUACAUCAUGGGGGGAUGCCAGCUGAAUUUUACUGUUGGCAUUGAUUUUACUGGAUCUAAUGGAGAUCCUCGUUCUUCAGACUCCUUACAUUACAUUAGUCCCAAUGGAGUGAAUGAAUACUUGUCAGCCAUUUGGUCUGUAGGAAUGGUCAUUCAGGAUUAUGAUGCAGAUAAGAUGUUUCCAGCUUUUGGGUUUGGUGCUCAGAUCCCCCCUUCAUGGCAGGUGUCUCAUGAAUUCCCAUUGAACUUUAACCCAUCAAACCCCUUCUGCAAUGGUGUCCAGGGUAUUGUGGAUGCAUACCGGGUCUGCCUUCCUCAAAUACGAUUGUAUGGACCCACCAACUUCUCUCCAAUCAUUAAUCAUGUAGCUAGAUUUGCUGCUGCAGCUUCACAACAGAGAACAGCCUCACAAUAUUUUAUACUCCUGAUAAUCACUGAUGGGGUGAUAACAGACCUCGAUGAGACCAGAUCUGCUAUUGUCAAUGCAUCUAAGCUUCCCAUGUCCAUCAUUAUCGUUGGUGUUGGAGGUGCUGAUUUCAGUGCCAUGGAAUUUCUGGACAGUGACAGCGGAGCUUUGAGAUCACGUUCAGGAGAGGCUGCUAUUCGAGACAUUGUCCAGUUUGUGCCAUUUAGACAGUUCCACAAAGCUCCCAAGGAAGCUCUCGCUCAAAGUGUCCUGGCAGAGGUGCCACAGCAAGUUGUGAGCUACUUCAGCAUGUACAAGUUACAGCCACCAAACAAGCCGCCAGCCAAGCAAGAACAGCAGAAGCAAGCAUGAAUCGCUCUGGGAAGUUUCUGUGCUGCCUGUCUGUGGUGUCCCUUGAUGAGGAUGCACAAUAAAAGCUUUUUCAUUCAUUUUACAGAAAAGGCGCCAUGCUAAGAUAGCCUUUUCCUUUUUUGUUCUGAGUUGCCAAAGAUGCUCUAUGUUUAACCCCAUUGCAAGUGAAAUUGGAAAAGUAGUGUCACAUGCAAAGUCUCCAGCAGUAUAUACAGUAUAUCCCAGAGUAGUAGAAGCAUUUUUGUUAUUUUGAAAUGAUAACUGCCUUGGGUGCUUAAUUCUUGCAUAGGCCCUAUGUCAAAUAUUCAAGUCUUUUUUUUCAAACUUCAGAACCAUUAAGAUCAGGGUGCUAAGUUCAGGAUAUUUAAGUAUCUUUCUUCAUCCAUCUUCCAUGGUGUCUGCCCUUCUAUUUCUGAACAUGCAAUUUGAUGAAACAGUAAACAUUUGAAAACUUGAGUAUUAUCUGGAGACUGGAACAUAAUUAUAGUACAAUUUACAGCUUUCUUUGUAACAUUAAAUCAAGGUGGCAUCUGACUGUGAUACGUACCUACCAACAGUUUAUAUCUGUCUGUUCCACAUAAAGGAUAUAAAUAGGAUUAGGAUUGCUUCUGUUGCUUAUUUUAUCACAAAUCAAUUUGAGUUUUGAGAAAAAUAAUUGUGUAAAGUAAGUACAUGGACAUAGAAGCUAUAUAUGUGCGUGUGCCUGGAGAAGCUUACCUGUGUAUAUAGCAAUCUCUAUGUGCUAGAGAAUCUGUAUUAUUUUAAUAUUUCAUAAAAGGUUUCUCUAUAGAUGUAGUUCCAGGAUGCCUUAUCACUUUCUUUCAGUAGUAUAAGCUGAAAUGCUCUCCACAGCUGAUUUAGAGAAGCCAAAUAGUGUAACUUUUCUUUUUAUCACAAUGCCCAUGUAUUAGAUUAUCUUAUUCUGCAUGUUCUUUCAGGUCUUCUGGUCUUUGGGGGAUUUUUGCAUUAGUGACAGUUUGUGAUUGUGUUUUAUCUGCUUUCAGCAUUUUUUUCUAAAUCCCAAAUAUAUGCUGAUCAAUAAUCCAAAUGUUUUUGACAUUUUUUCUUGCCUUUUGUUCAGUAAGAAAAAAGUGCACAUAAUGUUUCUAUUUUUCUGUGUGUAUACUCUUAAGUGAAAUGAAAUUGGACUGAGCUGUCUGAAAAGGAUUGUUAAUUGUGCAGCAUAAAUUAUGUAGGCCCCUAUCAAAAGGCAAAAAUGAGAAAUAAAGUACCAGCCUUCUGUCCUGAAGCUUUGCAUUAAGUUCAUAUUAAAAUGGAAAAUAUCUGCAGGUUAUAACAACUAAUGCCAUGUUUAAAAGUACACGUGUAUCUAGAAUAUCAUCUAUUCAUCUAAUUAAAGGUAUUUUUAUUAGGAAUUUUCUGCAAUAAAAUCUUUAGCGGGUUUCUUCCAGCAUCCUAUUGAGAAACUUUUUUUCUUUGUUUCGUGCAUAUGUGUAGGUGACUAUUUAUUUAGAUCAGGGAUUUGUUGCUAGUGGUUCGGUGAAAAAAACUAAAUGCCAAGAAUGUAUAAAAAUGUAUUGUGUAAUAGUAUGCUUUGUGAAUAUUACUUACUGUAUUGCGACCAGUUUGCAUCAAAGGUUUAUCAUGUUGGAGUUCAAGUAUUUCAGGAUCAAAAAAUUAGAACACAAAAACUAUAUUUUGUAAACUCUUGAGAUAUUUUCUCUUGUAAGAAAGACUGAAAUUUUAUUUUUGCACUUUGUUACUACCUUAUACUGUAUUUUCUGAUUUACAACAAAUGGGAAAUGGCAAUAUCUUAAACAGGGGCCACUUCCUGCAUGGUUUUUAUUCCCUUCAACAUAUGAUCUUAAGUCCAUGGCAUAUGCCAAGCUAUGCAACUUUUAAAAUAGAUUUUUUAACUGAAAAAAAAAAAAAGUUUGCUUUCUGGACCAUGAUGUUUUGUUAUUGCCUUGCCCACUGUGUCAGCCAUUGCUCACAAUAUUCAACCAGUUCUCAGUAUUCUGAAAAAUUCUGUGUUGAACUUUUCCUAUCUUGAAAAAGGAUAGCAUAGCCUACAGCUAUGCAAGUAAAUCUAUAGGUUCAUUGCAUUUUUUUAAAAAAAUAGUAUGAUUAGAACUACAGCCAUAAAAUAUGAAUAUAGUAUUUGCUUAUUAAUACUUUUUAACACUUUAUUUAAGUAAUACCUUUUCUUAUCUAUGUUUUCAGCAUACUUUUUCAAGCCAGUUGCUAGCACCACCUUGUGAUAGAGUUUGAUAUUGGCAUAUUUGUACCAACAUUUUUUUUUCCUAUUUGAUAUUUUCAUCAUAAAUUUGUAUUUUGCUUUGAAAAUACAAUAUCAUAUAUAUGGCUUGCACUAUCAUGUUUUCUGAAUAAAGCUGUUUUUGUAUGUGA